AUCUACAAAAAGUAUUUCACUAAAUUUUCUUGUGUAAUAUUUGCAUUGAUGAAAUGAAUUUGAUGAUACGCAUCAAACAAGAGCCAUUUUAACAACGCAAGAACGGCUAAAUGUUCCAUCUCCACCCCUAAAUCGACAGACCUCCUCCAGGAAACGCUUUUGAUUUCCUGCCACACCUUCCAUCCUUUCGUACCUUGUUUCUCCAAUCUUCAACAACUUGUAGUUUGGCAGCACUACAAUCUCCGUCGACCAUGCUGCGGAGGUCUAUUUUGGAAAUAUCUUCUCGUCGAUCAGUUGGAAGGAUUUCACCACGAAUAACAACUCAGAUACCAUUGUAUCUUUCCUCUAGGAAGGAAUUCUCUGCUGCAUCUCAGUCAAAUUCACCAGAAAAUCCACCAAACUCUGGGGCCAAUUUGUCCAAAGUUUUUAUAGGAAGUAUAGCCUUAGGUGUUGCUGAACCUGAAAAGUCAGUGUCAGAAGAACAAGUUGCUGUUGAAAAUGUUAAAGAUACUGAGAUUUUAAGUCCACCUGUUGACAAUGGUGAAAAGGGAAUUGAAACUGAUCCGUAUUAUGGCAAAAGGGAAGAAGAAAAUCAGUCUGAAAUUGAGAAAUUACCAAUUUUGGAACCUCAAGAUGUUAUUUCUGGACAAGAGGGUAAUUUGCCAAUAUCAACUUCUGAUAGUUAUGAUGCAAUAGCAAAGAUUCAAGAAGAUCUUGGUGCAAAUAGUCAAGAUUUGAAGUCAACUACAGAAGAGCAUGAGGAAGUUCAAAGUAGCUCAGUACUGAAUGAGGUUGCUCCAGUUCUUGAAGCAAAUGAGAUAAAGUCUGAGGGUAUCCUGAGCAACGAUAAUAAAGAGCCAGAUGCCCUUCUUGAUGAAUACCUUUUAAAAGAUAAGGCUGAAGAAAGUGCUCCAUUAUCUUCAUAUCCAGAGAAGGAAAUAGCUGAGGCUGUGAAGGGUAAUAAUGACAUUUACGUGUCAAAUGAUGGAAAGAUAGUUUUGGAUUUCUUGCAAGCCAUUCACACAGCUGAAAAAAGACAAGAAGAUUUGGAUGCCCGUAUUUUUUCUGAAGAAAAGAGGUUAUUAAAGGAGAAAUAUGACAAGGAGUUGAAAGAUGCAAGAGCACGUGAACUCAUGUAUGCUGAAAGAGAGACAAUUUUGGAUAAGGAAUUACAUAAAGAAAAGGUGAAAGCAGCUGCAGCUCUCAAGUCACUUCAGGAAAAGUUAGAAGAGGAAUUCAGAAUGGAGAUUGAAAAGAAGGAGUCUGAAGCAGAAUUGGAGGUAAUGAAAUUGAAGGAUUUAGCAAAAGCUGAAUUGGCUGCAGCAAUUGCAAGUGAGAAAGCAUCCCAAAUUGAAAAAAUGGAAGAGGCAAAUCUCAAUAUAAAUGCUUUGUGUAUGGCAUUCUAUGCAAGAUCUGAAGAGGCACGCCAGACACAUUCUGUCCACAAGCUUGCAUUGGGUGCUCUUGCACUAGAAGAUGCUUUGUCUAAAGGGUUGCCUAUAGAGAAAGAAAUAGAAGCUCUUAAAAGCUACAUUGAUGGAAUCGAUAAAGAUUCCUUAUUAGGUUUGGUCAUUGCAUCACUUCCUGAAGACACUUUAAAAAAUGGGACAGAUACCAUACUCCAAUUAAAUCACAAGUUUGAUGGGUUGAAAGGGACGCUGCGACACUUCAGCUUAAUGCCACCAGGUGGCGGUGGAAUAUUGGCCCAUUCAUUGGCUUACAUUGCAUCCGUAUUAAAGGUGAAGGAAGCGGACAAGUCAGGUGAUGGAAUCGAGUCAGUAAUAAACCGGGUAGAAAGUUUGUUAGCAGAUGGGAAGCUUCUAGAAGCUGCAGAAACACUUGAAAAUGGUCUAAAAGGAAGUCAAGCAACAGAAGUUGUAGGUGACUGGAUUCAUCAAGCAAGAAAUCGUGCUAUCACUGAACAAGCAUUAACUCUCCUCCAAUCUUACGCCACGUCAGCAAGCUAUACUUGAUUUCAAAAUAUCAUCCACCAUUUUCAAAAACUCACUUUCACUUGUUACACAUCUUGAGUCAACGUGAAUAAAGAAUUUUUCAACUGUGGUUUUGAGUUGACACCAUUUUUGGUUGCGAAUAAGCUUGUUUUUUUUCUUCUUUUCUUUUUGAUUAAUUUGUAAACAAAAUUGAUGAGAAGUUGUAUAAGAUUAACGUAUGAGUGAUCUUGAUGUAAUAACUCAUGAUUUGUUAAAUCGAGUUGAUUUGAAAUUGGG